CGCCCAAAGCCCAUACCUUCCAAAAUUGAGGUUGACGAACCAAAAGCAACGCCUUUGGAAGAUACCCAUGUCGUAAAACGCAAUUCUGGACUUUGUAGUCAGAUAGAGAAGUCGGUUUUGUACAAAAGAUACAGAGAAGCAUUUGAGUUGUUUGAAAUUUUGGAGUUUGAAGGUGGUUAUGAGUUGGCUAGUAGUACGUACGAUGCGUUGGUGAGUGCUUGCAUUAGUUUGAAAUCUAUUAGGGGAGUGAAGAGGGUUACUAAUUACAUGAUUAGUAAUGGGUUUGAACCGGAUCAGUAUAUGAGGAACAGAGUGUUGCUUAUGCAUGUGAAAUGCGGCAUGAUGAUCGAUGCGCGUAGGCUAUUCGAGGAAAUGCCUGAGAGGAACUUGGUUUCUUGGAACACGAUAAUUGGGGGCCUUGUGGACUCUGGGGAUUUCAUGGACGCCUUCCAGUUGUUUCUAGUUAUGUGGCAAGAGUUUUCUGAUGGUGGGUCACGCACAUUUGCCACUAUGAUUCGGGCAUCUGCUGGCUUGGGACUCGUUUUUGCUGGAAGACAGUUUCAUUCCUGUUGUUUGAAGAUGGGGUUAGGUGCUGAUAUUUUUAUAUCUUGUGCGCUGAUCGAUAUGUACAGCAAGUGUGGGAAUAUUGAAGAUGCUCAGUGUGUUUUUGAUGAGAUGCCGCGGAAGACAACAGUAGGAUGGAAUUCCAUCAUAGCAGGUUAUGCACUCCAUGGUUACAGUGAGGAAGCUCUGAGUAUGUACUAUGACAUGCGUGAUUCUGGUGUUCGGAUGGACCAUUUUACAUUUUCCAUGAUCAUAAGAAUCUGUGCUAGGUUGGCAUCAUUGGAACAUGCUAAGCAAGCUCAUGCAGGUCUAGUUCGUCAUGGCUUUGGAUUAGAUGUAGUGGCAAACACAUCACUUGUGGACUUCUAUUGCAAAUGGGGAAGGAUAGAAGAUGCCCGUCAUGUUUUUGACCAGAUGCCCCUCAAGAAUGUAAUAUCUUGGAAUGCCUUGAUUGCUGGAUAUGGUAAUCAUGGUCGGGGUGAUGAGGCUGUUGAGAUGUUUGAGAAGAUGCUUCAGGAAGGAAUGGUACCGAACCAUGUUACCUUUCUUGCAGUAUUGUCUGCUUGCAGUCAUUCAGGUUUAUCAGAACGCGGAUGGGAGAUUUUUGAAUCAAUGAGUAGGGAUCACAAGAUUAAGCCUCGUGCUAUGCAUUAUGCUUGUAUGAUUGAAUUGCUAGGUCGAGAGGGGCUUUUAGAUGAAGCCUCUGCACUAAUAAGAAGUGCUCCCUUUAAUCCUACGGCAAAUAUGUGGGCUGCCCUCCUAACAGCUUGUCGAGUCCAUGAGAAUUUAGAGCUCGGCAAAUUUGCAGCAGAAAAACUUUAUGGGAUGGAACCUGAGAAGCUAAGUAAUUAUGUUGUGCUCUUAAAUAUAUACAGCAGUUCUGGGAAGUUGAAGGAGGCUGCUAGUGUUGUUCAGACUUUAAGAAGAAAGGGUUUAAGAAUGCUACCAGCAUGCAGUUGGAUUGAAGUUAAGAAACAUUUACAUAUUUUCCAUUCGGGAGAUAAAAGCCAUUCCGAAACAAGAGAGAUUUACCAGAAAAUGGAUGACUUGAUGAUCAGGAUUACAAAACACGGUUACAUCCCUGAGGAGAAGCAUCUACUUCCUGAUGUUGAUGAACAUGAGCGAAGAUUGUUUUACCACAGUGAGAAACUGGCCAUAGCUUAUGGACUGAUAAGUACUGCGGAUGGGACGCCGCUGCAAAUUGUGCAGAGCCAUCGCAUUUGUGGAGACUGCCAUUCUGCAGUUAAGUUAAUUGCUAGGGUUACAGGACGGGAAAUUGUAGUGAGGGACGCCAGCAGAUUCCACCAUUUCAAGGAUGGGAGUUGUUCUUGUGGGAAUUACUGGUGAUGGCAAAGUUACUUUAUUGACGAGCAGAUCAAACUUUGCUCUGAGAUAUCUCUGCCUUUGGGUUAUACUAUUUAAUAUGUAUUGUAAACAUAGAAUAAGGUCAAUCAAUAGAAGCAACAUCGCUUAGGAAAAUUGUUGUUAAGCCCAUUUUAUUUAUUUAUUUUAUAUUUUUAGUUCUGGUGAUAGCAUUCCUUUUUUUCUUCUUUCUUUCCCAAAAUCGACUUGCUUCAGAAUAAAUUUUCCUCCUAAUUCCUCUUUUUUCUU